AUGUCUGUAGCAACGGAUUCAUUGUUUGGUUUAAUUCAAAUUUCUUCAUCCAUUAAAAUUAAGCGAUCUGAUGGUCGAAUACAUUUAGCUAAAGUAGUACAACUUUCAUCUGAAUCAAAAUCUGUUGGUGUUGAAUGGAAUGAACAGGGUGAAGUUAAAGGAAAAGAAAUUUUACUUGAUCUUGUUUUUGAAUUGAAUAAUGAAUUACGACCAAAUACAUCAUUAAAACAAUCCAUAACAAAUGUCAAUCAACAAGUUCGACCGACAGCUGCUAUUCCUGUUCCAUCGAAUGGUUUAUCAUCAAGUCGAUUAACAUUAGAUAUUGAUUCAUUAGAACGUGAAUAUAAUUCUCGACCACCACCAGUACUUCCACCACAAUUAUUACAAAGAAUUCAACAACACCCGGUGUCUAUUCAAACAACUUCAACACCUCUUCCACCUCCACCAUUGAAUGGUACAAUCGCAGGUACAACACAUUCAAAAGCAAGUUGUUUACCUUCCGGAACAAAUAAUACUACUGCUGCUCGUUCUAUUCGUCGUCCUACGACUCAAAUCAAUUCUUCAUCAACAAAAACAGUUACACCUUCUUCUCCAGUUCCACCUCCGACACCUACCGUUGAACAACAACAACAACAGCCACAAUUACAAAUUCCAGUACCAGUUAAUAAUAAAAAUGAGCGUCGUCUUUCUCGUCUUCAUGUUGUACAACAAACAUCAACAACAACUACUACACAUAAUACAGUUGUUUCUGAACCACCACCAUCAAUUGGUCUACAUGGUCCAUUUGGACAAAUGAUUCUUGAUUAUCGUUCAACACUUACUUAUACUCCAAUAACAAAUUCGAAUAUGAAUCAACAUAAAUUUGAUCAAAAAGAUUUACGUAUAUGUGUAGCUAUUCGAAAACGUCCAUUAAAUAAACGUGAAAUAGCCAAAAAAGAUAAUGAUGUUAUUACAAUACCUAAUAAAGAUCAUUGUCUUGUUCAUGUACCUAAAUCAAAAGUUGAUUUAACUAAAUUUCUUGAUAAUCAAACAUUUAAAUUUGAUUAUACAUUCGAUGAGAGAGCUUCAAAUGAUCUUGUCUAUCGUUAUACAGCUUCACCAUUGAUUGAUACAAUAUUUAAUGGUGGUAAUGCAACUGUAUUUGCAUAUGGUCAAACUGGUUCUGGUAAAACAUUUACAAUGGGUGGUGAUGUAUCAUCAGCAAAAGUAGAUUAUUCACAUGGAAUUUAUGCACAAACAGCUCGUGAUAUAUUUCAUCGUUUAUCAUUACCACAAUAUCGUUCAUCAAUUGAAAUAUUUGUUACAUUUUAUGAAAUAUAUUGUGGCAAAGUUUUUGAUUUAUUGAAUAAUAAAAAACGUUUACGUGUAUUAGAAGAUCAAAAAGGUCUUGUUCAAGUAUGUGAUAGAAAAGAACAACAAGUUAAAUCUGUUCAAGAUGUAUUGAAUAUUAUUCAACAUGGUAUGAGUAUUCGAACAUCGGGUACAACAGCUGCUAAUUCAAAUUCAUCUCGAUCUCAUGCUGUUCUUCAAAUUAUUUUAAAAACUUCAACACCUAUUUCUAUUCAUUCGAAUGUAUCUUCAUCAUCAUCAACAUCAUCAUCAUCCCGUAAUAAUAAUCAUAAUAAUCCUGCAGUACCUCGUCGUGUAAUAAAGGAAGUUGGUAAAAUGUCUUUAAUUGAUUUAGCUGGUUCUGAACGUGGUAAAGAUACAGCAAGUGGUGAUCGUCUUCAACGUAUGGAAGGUUCAGAAAUCAAUAAAUCUUUAUUAGCACUUAAAGAAUGUAUUCGUGCAUUGGGUCGUGGUGAUGGUACUCAUGUACCAUUUCGUGGUUCAACAUUAACAAAAGUUUUACGUGAUUCAUUUAUUGGUGAUAAAUCAAAAGUUUGUAUGAUUGCAAUGGUUUCACCAACACAUUCCGAUGUAGAAAAUACUAUGAAUACAUUACGUUAUGCUGAUCGUGUAAAAGAAUUAAGAGCAAGUGAUAGUCCUGGAACUCCAUCAAAUGAAGAUGAUGAAAUACAAAUGGAUCAUGUGUCGAAAGCUUUACCAAUUGAUGAUAAUAAAGAAAAUAAACGUCGUCAUCAUCAUCAACAUCAUCAUUAUCCUCAUCAUCGUGAUGGUUCAGCUUCAUCAAAUGAUAGUACAAGUUCAUCGUCAAAUGACGGACAAAAUAAUUUUGAUGAUGAUGAUGAUGAUGAACAAGAUGAAGCAUUAGCAUCAUAUGCAGCACAAGUUGAACAUUUACAAGAAUAUGAAGAAGCUUUAUUUGAUACAUGUCAAGAAAUUUUAACUCAUAAAGAACCAAUACUUACACGACAAUUACGUACAAUUAUUAAACAAGCACAAGAUACAGUUGAUUAUGAUCAAGAAAAAUUUGUUAAUGAUAUGCGUGCUAAUUUAUUACAACGUCAACAAAUAUUAAAUGAACUUCAAACACGUUUACAAGCAUUUUCAGAUUGUCUUCAACAAGAAGAACAAGUUGCUGCAGAACAAAGAAACAAACAGCAUCAAUCCAAUAGCAAUAUAUAUUAG